AUCGAAAACCGCCCGCCGCAUAUUUCCGCAGGGUUGCAUACGCGCUGAGGUUCCUAGCUGUCACCAGCCACCUAAUAUCAUUGUACCGCAGUCCACAUGAAGGUGAGGGAGGUGUCGCGCAGUUCUCCGUUCACCUGAGACACCUGUGCCCCCCCCCCCCGUGUUUGUACACACAACACCCCCCGCCUCGCUCCGCCCUCCGGCUGCGAGAGGACAGAAAACCCGACUGCGACAAGAAUGAAGAGGCUCCCGGUGCUGUGGCUGCUCCUCUGGAUAUGCGCGGUGUACUCCGUGGGCAUCUACCUUUUCGUCGGUGGCUUCCUGCUGGUGAGGCUGGAGGUGAACAGGACCAGCACCUGCGGGGACGUGCUGCAGCCGGGAGAGGAGCCGGCGGACUUCUGCCGCGUGCGGCCGCGCUUCCGCCGCGCCGUCCUCCUCAUAGUCGACGCCCUCAAGAUCGACUUCGCCUGGUUCGACCCGGACAACGCCGCGCCGCGACCGUACGAGAACAAGCUGCCGGUGCUGGAGGAGACCGUCUCGUCCAGGCCUGCUAACAGCCGUUUGUACCCGUUCCGCGCGGACCCGCCCACGACCACCAUGCAGAGGAUCAAGGGCUUCACCACCGGCUCCCUGCCCACCUUUGUGGACGUGGGCAAUAACUUCGCGUCCACUGCCAUCCUGGAGGACAACCUCAUCCACCAGUUUGGGCAAGUGGGCAAACGUGUGGUGUUCAUGGGCGACGACACCUGGGAGAACCUUUUCCCAAAGAAGUUCCACCGCUCUCUGCCCUUCCCUUCCUUCAACGUCAAGGACCUGCACACGGUCGACAACGGCAUCCUCCAGCACCUCUACACCACCAUGGUGGGGGACGAUUGGGACGUCCUGGUUGCCCAUUUCCUCGGAGUUGACCACUGUGGUCACAGGUUCGGUCCCGACCACCCGGCCAUGGCCGACAAGCUCACCCAGAUGGACGGGGUCAUCAGGUCUGUGAUCGACCGGCUGCAGAACGACACCCUGCUGGUGGUGAUGGGAGACCACGGGAUGACGGACACCGGGGAUCACGGAGGAGAAAGUCAAAAGGAGACAGACGCCGCCAUCUUCCUCUACAGUCCCUCCCCCCUGUUCUCUGCGCCGCCGUCCCAGAGCGAGCCAGACGUAGUGCCCCAGACCGACCUGGUCCCCACCCUGGCUCUGCUGCUGGGGGUUCCCAUCCCGUACAGCAGCGUGGGGCAGGUUCUCCUGCCAGUGUUCCCUCCCCAUGGGCAGACAGAAGGUGCAGUUGGAGGUCUCAGCCAGCUGGAGGCGCUGUGGAUCAAUGCAAAACAGGUCAACCGUUUCCUGGAGACGUACUCCGGCAUGGCCAAAGACAUCCCACCAGAGAGCCUCUCUCAGCUGAAGGCCGAGUUCUCCCGCCUCUCCUCCGAGUACCUCGCCACGGUUCAACAGGGUCGGCCCCCCUCCCCGCGGCUGGCCGCUUCACUGCAGGCCUACCUCACCUCCGUCAGGGACACCUGCCGAGCCACGUGGGCUCGGUUCAACCCACUCAAGAUGGCUGUGGGCCUCGUCAUCCUGGGGCUCGCCUGCCUGGCGUGUCUCGUCCUGUCCGAGCUAUCCCACGUGCUGCUCAGGGAGGACGGUCCCGGACUGAGGGCCCCUGUCGCCGCGGCGCUGGCGGCGGGGGUGUGUGCUGCCGCCGGCCAGUUGAGCGUGCGGGGCUACGUCGAGGCGGUGUGGUGCAUGGCUGCCGCUGCCUUCAGCUCGGAAAUUCUCUUCCUCUGGAGAGCUCGCCGGUCCGGAACAGCCGGCGUGGAAAAAAGCGGGUCUGGAGUCGCCGGCUGGCUGACCCUGCGGCGCCUCCUCACCCCCCACCUCCUGGUGCCGCUCCUACGCUGCGCCUCCCUGCUCUCGGACAGCUACGUGAUCGCAGAGGGCCGCGCUGUGACCUUCCUGGUGUUCUCCUUGGCGCUCUACAUUCCCAUCCGUCUCAACUGGGACGGCCUGCUCCUGCCCCCCAACCACGACCCCUUGAAGGCCGCGGGGAUCCUGCCCUCCCCGGCGCUGUCGCCGUCGACUGUGAGGAAAGAAGGCUGCACCCUCCUCGCUUGCUUGGGGCUCCUAGUCGGCAUUCUCUACCUCUCCCUCUCCUUCCACGCCUGUCGGGAGGAGCAGGGCACCUGCCAGCCGUCCCCAUUCCUCGCCCCCCUGUCCCGGUUGCAGGACAGCCGGUUGAAGAACCUCCACUACAUCCUCUCCGUCUUCGCCCUGGCCCUGUGGACGUAUCUGCUGCGGCGCUUCCUCCGCCACUACGGCAACCUCAACUCCGCGAGCGGGACGGUGUUUGCGGCCCGCUGGGUCCUCUUGCUGCUGUCCGUGUGUCUGGCGCUCUACUGGGCUGUCAGUGCCACUCCAGAGGACAGCUUCAGGAACCUGGCCCAGCUGAUCGGCCUGGCCCAGCUGGUCCUCCCCAGGGCCGCCUUCUGCCUCCUGGGACUGGGGUUGUCCCUGAUCUGGCUCGACCCCCUCACCGUGUUCGCGAAGACCAGGGCCGCGGCCUCGGCCCGGAGUCCGUCGGUGCCCCCGCCGCGCUACCGAGCCAGCACGGGCAUCAGCCCCGAGGCCGAGCUGCACCAUCUCAUCCCGCAGAUCUACCAGCGUAUGCGGCGCUCCCUGGAUGACGGAGAGCAGAGCAGGAGUGUCGAGGAGGACGGCCGACCCGCUGUGGAGGCCUACGGACUGGGGACGGUCUACUCCGCCCCUUUGCUGCUGUUCUGUGGCCUGCUGGGCAUCGGCCUGCUGCUGCUGCACCCAGAGGGCAUGGCUCUGUCUUUCCUCCUGCUGCUGCUGGAGAUGGGGGCCCUGUUGCACAUUCACGCCUCCUCCACCACCCUCAAUGGCCCGCAAGGAGUGUGUUCCGGUGGCUUCAACGUGCCCUGGACUCCAGUGGUGCUGUGGUCACUGGCCGCCACCCAGUUCUUCCACGCCACGGGUCACCUCCCCACCUUUCCCUCCAUCCAGUGGGGUGCUGCCUUCGUGGGAUUCCCAGAUGGACACACGGGCACCAUGCUGCCAGCCUCUCUGGUCACCCUCAACACUUUUGCCUCCCACAUCUUGUUCUCAGUGGGUUGCCCGCUGCUGCUCUUUUGGCCCCUGGUGUGUGAGGUGCGUGGGGGCAGGGCAGGAAGAGCCUGCGGGGAGGAGGGGGAGGACGCCGUGAUGGAGAUGAGGCUGCGGGAGAACCCCCAGCAGUUCAGCUCGGCCCUCCUGCAGCUCUCGACACGCUACCUCUUUAUUCUCGGAGCACAGGUCUUUGCGUCAGUCUGUGCCGCCGCCAUCCUCAGGAGACACCUCAUGGUGUGGAAGGUUUUCGCGCCCAAGUUAAUGUUUGAGGCCUCGGGGUUCCUGGUGAGCAGCGCGUCUCUGCUGAUUGGGGUCACAUUAGUGCUGCGAGUCGACGUGGCCGUGGCCCGCUGGUUUAAGAGACUUAUCCCCGAUGCAUCCAGGUAGCGACGGCUGCUGCUGCUUUACCACGGAAGCCCACCAGAGCUCACUGUGCCACAGAGAAUAUGGACAUGGCGGUGUCACUAAGGUUUUUUUUUUUUUACAUGGAUCCUUCACAACAAAAUAGCAAAACAUUGCCAUCCGUGUCUAGCGCAAAGAACCAGCGUAGCUCCCUUUGAGGGCUACGUCGUGCAUUACCGACCGCCAGAGAGACUUGAGGAACAUCAAAUGAUGGACUGACUGCAUCCUGAGUCCCAUUGAAGACGACCCGACUCGCCCAGCUCAUGAGGUUGAUCCUAUGUUUGUACGCGGUCUGAGAAGGAACGGCAGUUUCUGAAUGUUUCUCCUAAACUCCCGUUCUCUUAACUUAGAGCGUGGAUGAAACCUUCCGAGGACAGACGACUUGCAAGCGGGUCACGGUGCAGCAGCCCAAAAAGGGCUUCACUAAAUGCAUACGGACAGCCGUUUACACUCCAUACAUAACAUACAUCCGCCAAAAAAAAUUCCUCGUUUGUGUAAAUAUUCCUGGCAAUAAACGGAUUCUGAUUCUGAUUCUGAUAAAAGGUCAUAGCUAGCUAGCUAGCUAGCAACAGCGGUUACAUAACAAAUUGGCCUGUUGCAAGUUGAAUAUUAUUAAGAGAGAAAAAAAAUAAAAUAGAAAUAUAGGGAAAUAAAAAAAAAAAAGACACAUUUUAACAACCAAAGCCAAUUUGCCACCCGAUGUCUGGGGCUGCUUUGUGAUCAAUCUGCAAGCAGAUCUGCACCAUUUGGUGAAAUCCAUCCCACGUGCAAGUGCUGGAGUAACUUUUUGUAUUUUCAGGAUGUUGAAAUAACCAGCACAUCUGGUUACUGCCAAUUCACUCUUUUUUUUUCUUCUUUUUUUCCCAGAAUUCUUCUUAAUCUGUUCUGAUUCAAUUUAUAAUUCAGAUUAUUUUAAUAACUAAUGAUCCGUUUGGGGAAAAAAAAAUCUCAAAUUAAACUUUUGUCUUAACGAGGCAUUGUACAUCUUUUCUCUGGAAUAAGGUGCCUUUUUUUUUCUUUCUUCCCCCUUUCUGUAUGAUGUCAUUACAUUAAAUCCAGGACCUGCAGGAAAUGCCGACAGUUGAUUUAUUUUUCUUGCAGGAGUCCAACGUGAGAUCUGUUAGUGUCGUGCAGUUCAAGCUCGUUAGCUAAUGCUUGAUACUGAAAGGAUGUUGAAUCGGCUACAAAGCAAUAAGCACUGCUGGUCGUACGGCCGCUGUAGUGAUGCUUCGGCGAGGUUGCGUGAUGACGGGGCACUUUUUCCUGUUCUAAAAUGUUUAAUAUAUCACUAUUUGAUUAAGUUUUUUAAGUUUUUCAUUCUGUAAAAAAAUGUAUGUAAUAAAAACUUUUUUUACGUGA